AAAGGGAUACAGCAUCUGCACUCCUUUACUGAGUUUGAAUUUGGAAGCAGAUUUUAAUCACGACUUGGAAGACAGAACUGAUGAGGAAUUUACAAUGAAUGGGUUGUUUUGAAAGGAGAGGGAGUUGUUGAAAGUGCACAUGACAUUACUGUGACUUCUUCAGUGACUCUGUAUAAAGUUUUAAUGAAAAUGGUAACCAAAUAUAGUAAUGCAUUUUCCAAUCUGUCAAAGGUAAAAUAUGGUGCUAAAUGCUUUCCGCUGUUGAGUAAAUUAAUUGUAGUAAAACAAAUGAACUAAUUUGUAAUGAUAAAGAACAAUUUUCAGUCCAGCAUGAAGAGGUAAGGGUUGUUAUAAUUCAUUUAUAGCCAAUGAGUGGAAAACAAGAGUCAGAAUUCCUCAGUGGUCUGCACUCUCUCAAGACAAGCGAGAACAUAACAAAGAAUUGUAGAAGAUGGUGACUUGCCAGUGCGUAGCGCACACUCCAUCUUUCAGAGCUGGAUGUUUGGAUAGCGGGAUGCGUUGGAUUUGGUGUAUUCACAUCAUGUCAAAAGUGAGCUGCCUCAGUUAAAAGGAUGAAUCAGAGAAGACUCGUUCUGGAGGACAAAAAUCAAUCAAGGUAUCAUACGACUGAAAAGAGGAAUCGAAGUAAAGACAAUUUACUGAUGAAUGAAGACUUUGCUGACGACUCUUAUGGCUGUUACGGAUACUACCAUAGUGAGACCCUGGCCCGACAGAUGCUAGCCAAGAGCAGGAGACAGGCUGUGCGAGGGGCAGCCUACAUGUUCAAUGCCCACCCCAACAGCCUAACACCUUUAGAAGAACGUUUCCUUGAUGCCGCCGAAUAUGGAAACAUACCUGUUGUGCGUAGAAUGCUGGAGGAGAUUCCCGAUCUGGAUGUUAACUGUGUGGACUAUAUGGGCCAGAAUGCAUUGCAGUUGGCAGUGGCUAAUGAACACUUAGAAGUAACAGAACUUUUGUUAGAGAAAGAUAAUCUAUCACGUAUAGGGGAUGCACUUUUGUUGGCCAUUAGUAAAGGCUACACAAGGAUUGUGGAGGCCAUACUGAGCCACAAAGCUUUCGCUGACUACAAGCGACUUACAGCAAGCCCCAGUCAAGCACCCAUACACGAUGACUUCUUUGCCUAUGACGAAGACGGUACACGCUUUUCUCAUGACAUCACUCCAAUCAUUCUAGCAUCUCACUGCCACGAGUACGAGAUCGUGCACAUACUUUUGGGAAAAGGUGCUCGUAUUGAGCAGCCACAUGACUACUUUUGUACAUGUGACACUUGCAAUUAUCAUCAAAAGUAUGAUUCUUUUAGCCACUCACGCUCACGUAUCAACGCCUAUAGGGGAUUGGCCAGUCCGGCUUACCUCUCACUGUCCAAUGAGGAUCCUGUGUUGGCGGCACUGGAGCUCAGUAAUGAGCUUGCCUCUUUGGCCAAUAUUGAAAAAGAAUUUAAGAAUGAAUAUAGGAAACUUUCUAUCCAAUGCAAAGACUUUGUUGUGGGACUUCUGGACUUGUGCCGGAGCACCAAAGAGGUGGAAGCGAUAUUGAAUGGUGAAGAGGAUGAGACCUUAGAUGCGCCUGGACGGCCAAGUCUCAUUCGCUUAAAACUUGCAAUAAAGUACGAACUGAAAAAGUUUGUGGCUCAUCCUAACUGUCAACAACAGCUCUUAUCAAUAUGGUAUGAAAACCUGCCAGAACUGAGGCAGCAGAGCACAGCUAUAAAGCUCCUGGUGGUUUUAGGUGUUGCAAUGGGACUGCCUGUCCUGGCUAUGGUGUACUGGGUGGCACCAUGCAGCAAGAUGGGAAAGAUCAUGCGUGGUCCUUUCCUUAAGUUUGUGGCCCAAGUAGCCUCCUUCACUAUUUUCCUUGGCCUUUUGGUCAUGAAUGCUGCAGACCGCUUUGGUGGGACAAAGCUGCUUCCAAAUAUGACCAUUCACGACUAUCCGACGCAGCUGUUCCGUAUGAAAACAACUCCCUUUACGUGGAUGGAAAUGCUCAUCAUUUCUUGGGUCGUAGGGAUGAUUUGGGCAGAAUGCAAGGAAAUCUGGUCACAGGGUCCGAGGGAAUAUCUACUUGAGCCUUGGAAUUUGCUAGACUUUGGAAUGUUGGCCAUUUUUGUGGCAUCCUUCAUCUCAAGGAUAAUGGCUUUCUGGCAUGCGUGUGCAGCUCAGCAUUAUGUUGAUCAACACUACACAGACCUAACAAAUGUAAUUUUGCCUGCUGAGGUGGGAUACUUCCAGCUGGCUCGGAUUGACUGGCUGCCGUCCGAUCCACAGUUAGUUUCAGAGGGCCUGUAUGCCAUCGCAGUGGUUUUGAGCUUUUCUCGAAUUGCAUACAUCCUCCCAGCUAAUGAGAGCUUCGGACCGCUGCAGAUAUCUUUGGGCCGAACUGUGAAGGACAUCUUCAAGUUCAUGGUUAUCUUCAUCCUUGUCUUUUUGGCCUUCAUGUUCGGGAUGUUCAACCUCUAUUCUUAUUACUUGGGGGCUAAACCGAAUGAUGCUUUCACCACUGUAGAAGAAAGCUUCAAAACAUUGUUUUGGGCAAUAUUUGGCCUUUCUGAGGUCAGGUCUGUAGUUGUGAACAACGGACACAUUUUCAUCGAGAACACUGGCUAUGUUCUCUAUGGCGUAUAUAAUGUCACCGUGGUCAUCGUCCUACUCAACAUGCUCAUUGCCAUGAUCAACAAUUCAUUUCAGGAGAUCGAGGAUGAUGCAGAUGUGGAGUGGAAGUUUGCCCGUGCCAAGCUCUGGUUCACCUAUUUUGAAGAGGGCAGGACUCUUCCUGUGCCAUUUAACCUAAUACCGAGUCCUAAGUCUUUUUUGGGUCUGGUGACGGGGGUAAAGGGACUCCUGCAUGAGCUCCUCGACAGACACAAAGCCAUCAUGAAGGGGUCUGAGCUUCAUGAGUUGGGACAAAACAAAGCCAACAAGGAUAAGAAUCUUACCAACUCCAGUCGAUAUCAAGCACGUAGUGUUAAAAUCAUGAAGCGCCUGGUUAAACGCUAUAUCAUUAAAGCUCAGACUGACAAAGAAUGUGAUGAAAUCAAUGAGGGUGAACUGAAGGAGAUUAAGCAAGACAUUUCAAGCCUUCGGUAUGAGCUGCUGGAGGAGAAGUCCCAUAACCUGGAGGAGCUGGCUGAGCUAGUGAGGAAACUUGAAGAAAAUCUCUCUCAGGAUUCUCUCACACAGAAGACUCACUGAGAAAGUCGAACAACAGCAACAUAUACUUAUUAUAUAAGCAAUAAAUAUAUUUUAAUGAAAUAUUUAACAAGCAAGACAAUUUGCACAGGGACUUCGGUUCCAAAUGCUUUUUUGCCUCGGUCUGCAGAAAAAAACAUGACUGUGAAGAUGAUACUGUCCUUUUUCUUAUAUUUAAUAUAAUGCUAGACAAUGCAAUCCUUGGGAUUUUUGUAUGAUACACAUGCUGACUAAUUUUACUCACUAAUUUUGAAAGAAGUUAGAAACAUUCUCAGUCAGUCAUACUUCACCCAAAAGCACACAACAAAAAUUCCUCUUAGCAACUUGCUGGCAAAUUCUUGAGGAAUGAAAAAAGAUAUAUCACAUAAGAACAGUAUAAGUUUGCAUGAAUUAAAAUAUGAAAAAUAGCGUUGAAAAAUUAAAUAAUGUAUUUUACAUUUGUAUUAUAACUUAAGUAGAAUUAUACUACUAUGCACAGGCCUGUUUGUCAUCUCAGCCCUAAUGAAUGUUUAUUAAACCUAUACUUGUAAUGGGCUGGUCCAAAGCUUACCAAAAUUCUGAAGGGAUAAGGCCCCUCAAAAACAUACCAAUCUUCAUUCCAGUUACUCCCUCAUUCUUUUGUACUAACUAAAUAACUUGUUUUUAGUGUGUGU